GUCCAGCUGCGCCGCGAGCAGGCGUUCAACGUGAUCACCAACAAGAGCAGGGUGAAGGCCAUCGACGCCCGCGCGGAUGAGCCUGCCUCCUUCGGCGCCACGCGCCAGGAGGAGCCGAUGCCAAGCACCUGCGUCGACUACAACAUCGUCUCCAAUCUGCCCUUCGAGGUGCACCACUGGGCGAGGCCUGAAGAGAGGCCCCGCCUGAAGGAGCGGAAUCCGCGGCCCCGCAAG